UUCUCCUUCUUCCCUCUCCCCUACACCCCCCACACUCCCAGACCUCUCGCGCUCGCUAGGGUUUUAGUUACCCCCUUCCCCCCCGCACUUCCUCCCGCGACUCCUCCUCGCCCGUGGCCUCCGGAGCCCUAGAGGAAAUUGAGCCAGAGAAGAGCAAUCUCCGAUUCGAUCCUUCCCGGAGCUCACCGUCCAUGGCGAUCAUCUCCGACUUCGAGGAGGAAGAGGAGAAGCAACCUGAGGCCAAGCCCUCGGCCUCGUCCUCGUCCUCGUCCUCGGCCUCCUCCUCUGCCGCGGCGGAGUUCAUCGCGAGGUUCGAUCCGUCCAGCCUGCUGGGGUUCAUCGAGGAGGCCUUCGAGUUCGUGGCCGAGCGGAGCGAUUUCCUCGCGCAUGAGGCGGCGGAGAGGGACAUCGCGGCGGUGUUGAGGGCGGUGAGGGAGAAGCAGAAGCAGAAGCUGAGGCAGGUCGAGAGGGAGCGGGAGAGGGCUAAGAAGGUGGAGGAAGAGAAGAAGGUGCAGGAGGUGGAGAUGAAGGAUGCGAAGGAAGAGAAGGAGGAGAAGAGUGGAGCGAUAGGUACUAUUGCCCGUACUCAUGUUGGUCUCGAAGAUAAUCACAGCACAGCUUCGAGUUUUGCUGUGGCACUUGGCAACAGCAGUUGGUCUGAUCUUCCGUCUCCAAGCUCUUGGAACAUUGAUAUUCUCGUAGAUUCAAUCAAGCAGCUUGAUCCUUUUCCUCUCAAGGCCAUAUGUGGGUCUGUCUGGAAGAAUAUUGAGGGCCAGAUAUCAUUCUUAAAAUAUGCUGUGUCAGCUCCUCCCGAAGCAUUUACCUUUGCUCAUUCUGCGAGGCAGCUGGCUUAUGUUGAUGCGAUAAAUAGUCAUAAGCUCCAGCUUGGACAUGCAAAUCAUGCUUGGUUGUGCCUUGACCUCUUAGAUGUGUCGUGUGAAAUUGCUGAGGCUGGUUACGCUGGAUCUGUUCGCGCAAUGCUUGAAUACCCUCUCAAAUGCUGUCCAGAAGUCUUGCUUCUUGCAAUGGCACAUAUUAAUACUGUAUAUAAUCUCCUGCAGUCUGAAGUCUCCCUUGCCGUGUUUCCCAUGAUAAUGAAAAAUGCUGGGGGUGUCGGCAUGAUCCUUUACCUCUGGCAUGUUAACCCGAUUCUUGUGUUGAGGGGGUUUGUUGAUGCUGCAGGUCUUGAUCCAGACUGCAUGACUAGAAUACUGGACAUUUGUGAAGAGCUUAAGGCUGAUUUUUCAUCGGAUUCUUUGGAAGACCAUGGAACAAGCAUAUCUCAGUCACUCCUCUGAUAUCUUUGGAGCUGCUGAAGUACCCCAAGCUCUGUCGUGAUUACUUCUCCUUGCUGUCACAUAUGUUGGAAGUAUAUCCUGAAAUGGUGGGACAACUAAACAAUGAAGCCUUUAGUCAUAUUCUUGAGACUCUUGAAUUUGGUCUGCAUCAUCAGGAUUCAGAAGUGGUUAACAUGUGUCUGAGAGCUCUUCGAGCACUUGCUUCCUACCACUACAAGGAAACAGCUAGUGGGAAGUUGGGCUUGGGAUCACAUGCCUCGAGUCUUAGAAAUCCAAAUUCUAAUUUUAACUGAAGAUUUUCCAUCGACACGGAAGGGGAGCUUGAUUUUUAUUACCAGAUAUUAUCCUAGAAGAAGCAAGAUGCUCCGCAAGAACUUCACGAUCUUAUUACCUCAAAGAGAUCCCGAGCAUGGCAAAAUACCCUUGAGAGGAUUAUGUUCAAGUACAUUGAGCUAUGUGUUGAUAUGCGGAGGGGGAGAUUUGCCAAGGAUGUUCAAGUACAUUGAGCUAUAUGUUCAAGUACAUGGAAAAUGUAAAUGAAUGUAUUUCAUUUUCAUAUUAUUAUAAUAGUUUGAUCACAUUGAGCUAUAUGUUCAAGUACAUGGAAAAUAUAGAUGAAUGUAUUUCAUUUUCAUAUUAUUAUA